AUGGCUACGGGAAACGGAACGAAGUCUGAAGACCCCGAUUUAACGGGUAAGCCCCCGGUUUUGCAAAGUGGGGAAGUGAGAAAAGUCAAGAUGGCUAUUAUUGGACAAGUCGAGGCAUUCGAUGAGUCGAGUUCGGAUUGGGAAUCCUAUGAAGAAAGGUUAACGGCCUUUAUUCGCGCCAAUCAAAUUCCGGAAACUAGUAGGGUGGACGCAUUUUUGAGCAUUAUUGGUCCAAAAACCUACAAGUUGUUAAAGAGCCUUCUAGCACCCGAGUCGCCUACAACUAAAUCUUUAGAAGACCUUCAGAAAGUGCUUCGGGAGCACCUGUCGCCGCGUCCCUCAGUAAUAGCUGAGAGGGCGAAGUUUCAUAAGAGGGUGCAACAAGAGAAUGAGAGUAUAUCCGACUUUGUAGCCGAGUUAAAACGUUUGGCGGAGACUUGCAAGUUUGGUAACAACUUACAGGAAGCCUUACGGGAUAGGCUUGUGUGUGGAUUGCUAAGACUGGAUAUCCAAAAAGCUCUCUUCACGGAAGAUGAGUCUCUUACCUUCAAGAAGGCGACCGAAAAAGCUCUCUCUUUGGAAAUGGCUACUAAAAACGCCACAGAGUGUCAUGCGAAUAACGUCACGCAGCCGGUUAUUCAGACACUAACACACACAGCACGGAAGAAGCCCUCGAAGAAACAGAAUUGCUAUCGUUGUGGAUCAGAUAAGCAUAUCAGUAGUGCGUGUACCUUCAAAAGUGCUGUCUGUUUUUCCUGUAACAAAACUGGUCACAUCAAGGAUGUUUGUCGCAGCAGGAACAACGGGCCUCCGCCGGCACAAGGGGCACAAAGACCGACGGAGAAGAAACGUUUUCAUUUCCGCAGAACGCAACCCUUCAAGGCGAUGGCUGAGGUCGUCGACAUUGAGCCGCCGUUGUGGCGUUUGGAUAGGCCACACAAGGAUGAGCCCAUCAGCUUCACGGUGAAUGUGCAAAACGUUCCAUUGAACAUGGAGUUGGACACCGGAGCAGCCGUGUCGGUGAUCUCGCAGCAGGACUACCAAUCAUGUUUUCCGGAACUUCAGUUGUGCCCCACCUCCGUUACACUCCGUACUUACACAGGACAGUGUGUUCGUCCGAAAGGCGUUAUAAACGUCGAAGUGCAGCACCACGGCCAGAAGUGUUGUCUGCCCUUGUACGUCCUAACACAGCAGGGACCACCGCUCAUUGGGAGGAACUGGCUUCGUGACCUCCGUUUGGACUGGAGUACCCUCCACUACAUGCGCCAGGACGGAAAGGGCCUCGCAGAUCUUCUAGAGAAAUACGCGCAAAUCUUCACAGAUGAACUCGGCGAAAUACAAGGUGAGCAGGCCACUCUAAUCCUGAAAGAAGGAGCAGUUCCUAAGUUCAUGAAAGCAAGGAGUAUUCCUUUCGCGUUAAAACCUGCCGUCGAAAAGGAAUUGGAGAAGCUCGAAAAGUUAGGAGUCAUUGAAUCAGUGACAUCGAGUCGUUAUGCGUCUCCUAUUGUGCCCGUCGUGAAAACAGACGGAUCAAUACGCCUGUGUGGCGACUACAAAGCUUCCUUAAACCCGUGCUUGGAAACGGAAGUAUACCCAUUACCGAAGAUUGACGAGAUGCUUGCGGCCUUGGCAGGAGGGAAGCGAUUUUCAAAAAUUGACUUAAGUCAAGCGUACCAGCAGGUUGUCGUUGACGAACAGUCAAGCCAGUAUCUGACACUUAAUACACACAAAGGCCUGUACAGAGUAAAGCGUCUCGCGUUUGGAAUCUCGUCUGCGCCCUCCAUUUUCCAACGUGUCAUGGACAACAUGCUAAAGGACUUAGAGGGAGUCAUCUGCUACCUCGAUGACAUCUUGGUAACUGGUAGCAACGAGAAAGACCAUCUGCAAAAUUUGGAAAGAGUACUGCAACGUCUAGAUGAACGAGGUGUCAGAAUCAAAAGAAAAAAAUGUGACUUUUUUAAACAAGAGCUUCGUUUCUUGGGCCACGUUAUCAGCGACAGAGGCAUCUCGACGGCACCUGAUAAAGUGAAUGCCAUAUUGUAUGCACCCGCUCCAAAGGAUAAGAAGCAACUGAAGUCAUUCAUUGGCUUAGUGACGUAUUACACGAAGUUCCUCGCUGAUCUAUCUACUGUUAUGCACCCACUAAACAAUUUAUUGUGCAAGAAUGCUCCCUAUGCAUGGUCUUCUCAGUGUGAGAGUGCCUUCGUAAAGGUGAAGCAAAUGUUGGCUGCAGCGCCGAUCUUGGCACAUUAUGAUCCCACUAUGCCGCUCGAAGUUGGAUGUGACGCUUCGUCAUAUGGGUUGGGUGCAGUAUUGUCAGUCAUACAGAAAGACGGAACAAGAAAGCCAGUCGCGUACGCAUCACGAUCACUAACGCAUAGUGAAACUCGGUAUAGUCAAUUGGAGCGUGAAGGACUAGCACUCGUGUUCGCAGUGAAAAAGUUCCAUUAUUACAUUUAUGGACGGAAGUUUCAUCUCGUUACAGACCAUAAACCCCUUGAAGUGAUUUUUGGUCCCAAAAACGGGAUCCCCACGAACGCCGCUGCUCGCCUCCAGAGAUGGGCCAUCACCUUAUCGGCUUACAAUUACAGCCUGGUGUAUCGUCAAGGGCAAACGAACUUCGAGGCUGACUGCCUGUCACGCCUGCCACUACCCUACCGGCCGUCAACUACAGAAGGGGACGACGUGGACACCUUCUAUUCCCUUCGAUGGGAAAGUUUCCCCGUUAACAGCUCCGAUAUUGCACGGGCUACAGCUAAGGAUUCCAUCCUAAGUGCUGUUCUGAAGUAUGUGCUCUCUGGCUGGCCUCCGACGCUGUCAAGGGAAGACAUUAAGCCCUACUGGAGCAGGAAGAACGAACUCUCGGAAAUUCGUGGCUGCAUCCUGUGGGGUAUGCGCAUAGUCAUCCCGACCUUUUUGCGCACAACUGUUCUUCAGGAACUACACGAAGGUCAUCCUGGGAUCGUACGCAUGAAAGAAAUUUCACGGAGCUACGUCUGGUGGCCUCGCAUCGACGUGGACAUCGAGGCUGUAGUGAAAGGUUGUCCAGCAUGCCAACAAGGAAGAGCUUUACCUACUCCGGCUCCUCUCCACCCCUGGGCUUGGCCAACGAGACCUUGGUCCCGUCUGCACAUCGACUUCGCGGGUCCUUUUCAACAGAGGUACUUCUUCGUGGUGGUCGAUGCGCACUCCAAAUGGCCCGAGGUAUUCAUCAUGACAUCUACUUCUACAGAACUAACUAUUGCAAAAUUAAGGGACAUAUUCAGUCGAUUUGGAUUACCAGAAGUUUUGGUAUCUGAUAACGGCCCUCAGUUUGCCAGUAAGCUCUUUCAAGACUUUGUCAAGCAGAAUGGGAUCAAACAUAUCAGGUCAGCGCCAUACCAUCCUUCGUCAAACGGCCAGGAGGAGCGUUUUGUGCGCACAAUGAAGGAAGCAAUCCGUAAAGACCACGCAUGCAGACCCCUGGAAGCCAGACUGAAUAGUUUUCUGCUUGCCUACAGGAACACUCCACAGGCCAGCACACAGCAAUCUCCGGCAGCCCUCCUUUUGGGAAGACCUUUACGGACCCGAUUGGAUCUAUUAAGACCAGACUCCGAAGCAACAGUUCGGUACCACCAGUUCAAGGGAAGCCAACGGAGAAGAAUGAAGGACAGACAGUUCGCAGUUGGAGCCAACGUUUUGGUGAAAAACUUUAGGGAAGGACCCAAGUGGCUGAUGGCCAGAGUGUUAUCCCGUUCGGGCCCUGUGUCCUAUUUGUUACAGGUUAACUCGCCCCGAGGACCACAGCUGUGGAAGAGACACAUCGACCACAUUCAUGCCAGAUCUACGGCAUCAGAAGCUGACGACCAUCCAGAGGAACAGGACAAAGAAAUUGUGCUUGUCGCCAGCAAUUCGGGAAACAAUGCCGCCAGCUGCUCACCACCCGUAGAGGAACUGUCUUCCCAGGUUUCAUUAUUAUCGCUGUAG